GUCAAAAGUAGUCAAAACCAACUUCGACUGCACAGUACAGGAAUUUCUUUCAAUAAAUAAAAUAAAAAAAUAAUCAAACCUACGAUGUUACUCUGCACAUAUUUGCUUAGUUUUUUAGCAUAUCAGUGAAGCAAUAACCUAGUCAUAAUGGAAGUAACGAGCGGCGCUGAAGAUGCGUUUGUGCGCGAAUGGACACCUUGCACCCACAUUUUGAAUUUAAUUCCACCUCGUAUGUCUACGGGUAUAUUUUCCAGUGAACUGUGUUUAACUUGCGUGGACGCUGUGAGUGACUACAUAGCGCUGGGCACGAACGUGGGUUUGGUGUACUGGUACGACAGGAAAAAGGGCAAUAUCCAGAGGCUACGAUGCGAGGCCGCAGCAACCCCCAUCACAUUCGUAAAGAUUGUGAACACAGUAGACUAUAUGGUGGGAGCUGGCAAUGCUUCCGGGCAAGUCACAGUGUUCCAGAUACCCAAGGAACACCCCGACAAUAUCCCUGACACGCUCAAGCCUAAAGUGGAACCAAAAGUCGAGAGGUACACCAUCAGUGACUUGCACAAGGGAAAGAUAACCGCCAUCGAGUGGUCCAAGAACGGGAUGCGGCUGUUUUCAGGGGAUAAAAAUGGCGUCAUCAUCAUGACAGAGAUCGACUUCUACAUGCACCUCUGUAAAUCCAGCGAGAUCGUGAACGAAGAGCACGAGAUAGUCCAGAUGAGCUACUACCAGAACUCGCUGCUGGUGUCCAGCCUGUACAGGACGAUAGUGUGCGAGAAGCGGGACGGCAAGUGGGCGAUCAACCAGAUAGGAAAGCGGGAGAGGAAGAGUUUGUGUCACCUUGGCGCGGUAUUCCAAUAUUCGUACUCGCGCGGCGGCGCGGCGGUCGCGUACUGCGCGCGCCCUGGCCUGAGACUCUGGCGCGCGGAUAGAACUGGACAAGUGCUGCAUACACUCAUGUUCAAGGACGCAAUAUCUAACCCUCUCACCAUCGCGGAGCUGCUCAACCCGUCAGCACGGAAACACAAUCACGCCGACAUGGAGUACAACCUGGGCCCGCUGCAAGUGUUCCGGGAACAUUACCUCGUGGCGCAUAACGAGCAUUUUCUCUAUGUGCUGGACCCUGACACGUUGCGGGCCACAGCUGUAGUGGAUGAUCUUAGACGGAUCCUCUCAGUGGCUGUGAACAAGGACGAGAUCUUCGUGUUAGAGGGAGGCCGCUCGCUCGUGCGUCUCGCUCACGCACCGGAACCUGCUGCACUCGCCUCAGACGAUUCAAUCAAUCUGAUGACAAAAUCGCUCACCAACUCGAUCCAGCAAGUUGUGAACACCGUGCGAGACGUGACCCUCGACCAGACGGCGUUCAUCACCAGCGUCCUGGAGGCCCCAAAUUGGCUUACAAAGGAGGCGAAGGACGCAACAGUGGCCGAAGAGUGCUUCGAACUGCCACCAGUGAGACAACUUCCCGACGUUUCUCGCGACGUUCUCGAGUCCAUCAUUAACGAGUUCAAAGACGUGUCUUCUGAAGUUGAAGAGAUCAGGAGGGUCAAGUCUGAAGAACUACAGAAAAAACUUAAGCUGUAUAACAGCAUAAUGGAGAAGAAAUGCGACUCAGAACUCAUUCAUUCCCGUCGCAGCCGCCGCCGGCCCGGCUCGGGAACAUCCACCCCGCGCGCGCUCACCCCCGCGCGCGUCACCACCACCAGCCCCUGUCUCAUGCACGUCAGCGUCUAUGGAAACGAUCAACAGAACGACGACCUCCUAGAAAAGCAGAUAGAAGAAAAAGAGAAAAUCCUAGCGAAAAUGCUCAACCUGGACUCCCUAAGCAUCUCCACCAAAACCGAGGACUGUCCCAAAGAAACGUACGUACCACAAAUCAGGGAACCUGAAAUUGUCACCCCAAAACAUAAAAUAGAGAAAGAAGUAGAUUUAGUGCCUAAGAUAGUGAAGUUGCCUAAUAAUUGGAAUUUAGAGAAUAUAGAAUUGAGGUUAGAAAUGCAGGCGAAUGGGAUAAAGGACGCCAAGAAUUUGAUGUCGCCGGAGGAACAUUCGGAUAGCGAGUGGGAGAUCGUUUGAUAGUUGGUUUCAAAUAAGGAUUUUUUUAAACACUAACCCCCUUU